UUUGGCUCCAGCGGACCCCCGCCCGCGAAGCGAGAACAACGGAGCCUAUCCUGCCUGACGUGGCGCAGUGCGAGCGCGAGCUCCAAAGACCAUUACUCACCUUCCUCAUCGUCGAAGCAGGUCGCGGGGCAUGGCGGCUCCUACCUUAGAUGAUUUCGAGAGCUUGCGGGUCUUGGGCAAAGGCAGUUAUGGCAAGGUCUUCUUGGUUCGCCACAAGGACUCAGGGACCGAGAAGCUCUACGCCAUGAAGAUGUUGCGGAAAGAGCAUGUCCUGAACCGUAAUCAAGUGGAGCACACCAAGACUGAGAGGAAUGUACUGGAGCACGUGUCUCACCCGUUCAUCGUGUCCCUUCACUACGCCUUCCAAACGCCAAAGAAGCUUUACUUGGUCUUGGAUUAUUGCCCCGGCGGUGAGCUCUUCUUCCACCUCAGCCGUGCCGGCCGCUUCUCGGAGGGCCGCACCAGGUUCUACACCUCCGAGCUCUUGCUGGCGUUGGAAUAUCUGCACAGCUUGAAUAUCAUCUUCAGGGAUUUGAAGCCAGAGAACGUCCUUUUGGAUGAGAACGGCCACGCCAAGUUGACGGAUUUCGGGCUCAGCAAGGAGGGCAUUUGCGACAACUUUUCGGCCCGGACCAUGUGCGGGACCCCCGAGUAUUUGGCGCCAGAGCUUCUGGAUAGCAAAGGCCAUGGAAAGGCAGUGGACUGGUACUCAUUAGGUGCUUUGUGCUACGAGAUGCUCACCGGACUGCCUCCGUACUAUACGCAGGAUCGAAAUUUGCUCUUCGAUCGCAUCCGGAGGGCUGCCUUGCAAUACCCGCAGUACAUCAGCCCGGUCUCCAAAUCGCUCCUCCAGGGCCUCCUUAACCGUCAGCCCGAAGCCCGCCUGGGCGGUGGCCCAGGGGAUGGUCUAUUUCUUGGGGGCCAUCAUGUUGCACCUGGCUCCCUCCGCUCUCUUUGGCUCGCGAUGGCAGUUGUGCACGGUCCGAGGUGCCGAGGUCAAGUGCCGCCACCCUUCAAGCCGAAGGUCGCCGGGGCUGGCGACGUCUCCAACUUCGAAAAGGAGUUCGUGGACAUGCCCUUGGGCGUCUCCGAGGCGGAUGGCCGGGGUGCAGGGCCUCACUUCGAUGGCUUCACCUACCAGGGGCAGUGAGGCGCCUCGCCGAUGCGAGGGCUGUGAUCCCCACGAGUUCCUCGCGCCAGCUCGUCGCAGCACGUUGGCUGCGGGUGACCGUGGUUCCAACAGAUGGGGCUUAGAAUGCCCAGUAUGUCGACAAGUCUCAUCCAAGUAUCCAUU